AUGAGGAAGAAGGAUGAGACUUUCAGGAAGCCAUUUCGAAAGUUCUCUCGUGAUUUCAUUUCUCGUGCACAUCGUUUAUCGAAUACAUCCCAGGCAUCCUCAGUGAGCACUACUGGAUGGUCACUCAUUCAUUCGCCUAAUUCCUGCUUUUUGCCAGUGACAUGGCAGUGUUUCGUUGCAAGUGACCAGAAUGCAACAUCUCAUGGUAAAAUAGAUUUGAGAUGUUAA